AUGAGCUUUUCCAAAGCCGAGGCGGUUAUUUCCGACUCCUCCAGCAGCAGUGAUUCGGAGGCCUCGAGUGAAGAGGACGAGGAGGAGGUGCCGAUUGUUGAUUAUCAUCUCGUUGAGGCUGAUGAUGUGUGCCGAGUUGUUUCCACUGAGGAAGUAACUGCGGUGAAGAUCACAAAAGAUAAAUUGCUGGUUGGCACUUGUAAAGGGUCGAUAUAUGCCUUCGAUGGGAGGGGGAAGUUGGUGGGGAUGUGGACUAGUCAUACAGCCGCGGUUACCUGCAUCGACACAGAUUACACCGAAAGAUACGUGGCUAGUUCAUCCGAGGACGCCUCAGUCUGCGUGGUGUCAUUGAAAAUUAACAGUGGUAGAAUCAUAGCACAUACAGAUCUUUCUAUUAAUAGUCACCGUUCGGUCGUUUUUGGAGGAGAAGAUUAUAAAUUGGUGUUGACCAAACGGGGUACUUUAUUUAACAAUAAUUCAAUUUUGCAUUCAGGUGAGGGUACCAUAACGAGAAUCAAGUGGAUGAACAGCAUGAUAGCGUGGACUAAUCUAAAAGGGAUGAAG